CUUAAAAGCAGAAAGUAUAACAUAGUGCAGCUACAAAGAAUGGACGUAAAAGAAUCCGUGGAAACGAAUCGCGAAGAAUAGUGAAGAAGAAGCGAUCGUGUGAAACGGGCCGCGCCGCGCGUCUGACGUCUGACAGCGCUCGUGUCAACACCGCCAGUCGACCGAGUUUGCCAGGUUUGUCUUUGUUUCCAUCGCCGCAGCAGCCGCCUGGAUAUCUUCCAAUAUCCUUACCUUCCUCCGUGUUUACGGCGUUUACGCUCGCGGUGAACAAUCAAACGAUGUCCUUCGCAAUCGCGAGCCGAGCGUUCCAUGGAAAUGUUUGUUUUGCUCGACUCGUCGGCCGUUGAGACCGGUCGCAACCGUCGUCCGUCAACUUAACCUCUACACCGCGAAAAUUAACCUGGAACGCUGUGAAUCCGCUGAUUCCGCUCCGCGAGUCGCAGUCGUGGAGCUUCAUCCACGUCGAGCUCGUCCCGAAUUGAAUCGACCAGAGAAGCCUUCGAACUUCCUUCUUCUGGGUUAUCAGGAGAUUGUCCAGGGAAUACGUGUGGAUACGUGAUGGCCGGCAACAACGAGCUCUGGGUGCAGUGUUUCACGUGCUGCCUGACUCCACGGCCAACAAGGAACAGGCGGAACAGUGGUAGGCCGCAUCAGAGGCUCAGGAUAGACCGGAGCAUGAUCGGUGUACCCACGAAUUUCAGACACACAGCGCAUAUCAGCAGCGGCGACAUCGACAUGUCGAUCGCUCAGCUGGCCGACCUCCAGGCGCAAAUGCAGAGGAAGAGUGGUUUCGAUACCGAUUUCAGCGCCAAGGCAUGCUGAGGAUAGCUUCGUCAAUGUCGCAGCAGGAUAUUUAACACGAUAGCGGCGGAGGGAGAGAGCUUUAUGUAACGGAAGGAAGAAUGACUGAUGUUUUCUUUUUGAUAUCCAUGUUCCUUACUCGUUUGAUGGACGAGCGCAUUUCUUCCAUAUGAACAAGAUUGCAUUUUGCAAGAUGCUUAGAGAAUCAAGACAAAUUUAUGUACACUGGACAAGUCUCUGACUUCCAUUUGGAACGGAAAACUGCCAGAAUUAAUCAUGUACAGCGUACAAAUAAUCAUUUAUGACUUUAUACCUCUAUAUUUUUGACUGGAGACGCAUUGCGUCUAAAAACUUAAUAUUCUAUAAUCGUAUUCUAAAUAAAUCAUGUGCCUUUUUGUCAGCGAUCUGACGUUCCGUGCGGAAAAAAAUAUGUACACAAAAAUGAAGAAUAGAUCAUUUUAUUUGUAAAAUUAUUUAAGAUUUAGAAAAUAUAACGUAAAUGUGUAAUUAGAGUAUAAGUAAACGUAUCACAUAAUAUCACAUAAUAUAAUUCUGUACACGUAAUACAUAUCCUAUUGUCGAAUAUUGUCGCGUAUAUUAAUAAUACAAGAGAGCAUUGGCGAUAUUUAUAAAAUGGUGUAGUUCUUUCAUGGAAACACCUCCAUUCCUUCGAUAUGAUAUCGACGAUUGUUGUAUCGGCUCGCGAAUUCCUUCAUGUAUCAACUUCCUUCACCUCCUUUGUAUUCUGGACACGGCAGUGUGGUCCUCCGAUUCAUAGAUGUAAUACAAAUAGACCGAGCUUGAGACACGAUGUCUGAACGUAGAAAGAGACAGGAA